AACGGUCAAGUUUAUACCAAAAUCUGAUAUCUAAGAUCAGUACCAUUAUAAGAGAGAUCACGAGUUAUGUUGUUAGACGUAGAAUAACGUGUGACUUCGCUUCACGUAAUAGCAGAGCUUACAAUGUUUAAAACCAAAUUCGCGAUUAGCGAUAUCUUGAAUUUUUCUAAAAUUCGAAUUGCGAAAUAAGUUUUUUUUCCAUACCUGCCCCGGUAUUUUUUCCCGAGUGGAGUGAAUUCGGACAUCAUGCAUCAAGCAGCGGUGUACAGAAAGGCCAAUAGCCUUCAACGGGAGUGCACUGGAAGAAUCGUCGAAGAAUUCAAAGAUGAAUUGGCCAAAUUUUCGGAGCGCUGUCUCGACGUCGGGUCCGGUACCGGGGAUGUCAUGAUCGAUAUCGUUCUACCAAAAAUGAAUCCGAAUACCAAAAUUUUCUGUUCGGACAUCUCCGACGCUAUGCUGGACUUUAAUAAAGCGCAAUAUGGGUAUCAUGAGCGAAUAUUGGCUUUCGAAAAAUUAGACAUACAGACAUCGGAUCUACCCAAUAAGUUCAUAGGACAAUUUGAUUAUAUAACAUCGUUCUACUGUUUACAAUGGUGUCAAAAUUUGAGCCAAGCUUUCAAAAACAUCUUCGAUAUACUCCGAUCCGGGGGUAGUAUUUUUGCCACUUUUGUUGCCACCUGUCCUUUCUAUAGCGCCUAUCCGAUCUUAGCAACAUAUCCACGUUACCAUUCCUAUGUGAAGGACUACAAUAGCAUUAUACCCGUUUUACAUUCCAACAACCAGCCGCUUCAAACGCUUGAAACUUUGGUCAAAAGCAUAGGGUUUGAGGUGCUUCAUCUCAGUCUCAGACAAACGAGCCAUUUUUAUCGCACUUCAGACGAAUUGAAAGAGUUUUUGAUAUCCAUAAAUCCCUUUAUCACCCGAAUGCCACCGGAUUUGAGAGAGGACUACGGAAAUGAUCUACUCAAAGAAGCAUCGAAGUUCAUGGGAAAUAACAAAAAUAACAACGAAGAAGAUUACGGUUUUCUACAAACACAUCAAAUGUUUGUCGUAUAUUUGAAAAAACCGUAGAAAUUGUGAAAAUAUCAUUGAUGCAGCUACUCGUUUUUACUACUCAUAGAUUAACCCCGAGGUAUAAGGUGAACAAAUCUUUCGUAUUCGCGCAGUGGCUGUGACUCAUCUAACAGCAUUGAUUCAGGUAGCUACACGACAAGCAAAGCAAAAGUUAACUGCAAAAAAUGCUGAAGACGCGAAAAUAUAAUUUUACCAUUUGUAACUAAUCGAAGAGUGUUUUGAAUAAAGUUCUGACGAAAUAUCAUCCUA